GGGGGGUGGGGGGGGGAGUGUUUCUCUGAAAGGCUGUGAAAUGAACCGAGAUGCUAAAACUAGUUUUCGUGUGGGUUAAGGGUGACCUUCGGGGAAACGCAGACGCCAUCUAGGCAGGCUUCUCAUAACAGUCAUAAAAUUCACCCCCCUGAAUCCGCAAGUUCCUGUGCAGGUGGGCCUCGUGGGCUUACACUGACCACUGCUGCCAGGACUGUCUGGCAGGUCGAGUGACCUUGGGCACACCGUGUUGCUCCUAAUUCUCGUUACCAUUUGAGCUAGCCUCAGAAGACGGAUUUAAGUGUUUGCUUUGAGAUGGUUUCUGCUUUAAAGUACAUAAGAACAAUGAAGCAGGUUAUAAAAAAGCACUUAACAUUCACCCUGUUCAAUGUUUUACCUGCUGAGGCAUACCUUUCCUGUUAUGACAACUCCGCUUGUGGAAGAAAGAAGCCCUUUCCGAUUCAAAGCAGCAGCUUCAGUGGCUGUUUCAAGUGUCACUUUGCAAAUGGAGAUAAUAUCAAAGGAAACAAACAGACCAAAAAAAAAAAAAAAAAAAACCCAGGGCAUUUUAUGAAGAAUCCACUUGAAUUUCUUUAUUUGGUAACUUUCAUUAAGCUUUCAGCACAGGUUUACCGAAGUCGUACUUCACCUGAGGAGGCCGUGUGCCCAUAUUCUGAGAGGGGUAGCCUUCUGCUGGCCUUUGGUAGGGACUCUGGAGAAGGACGUGAGCUACGUUUUGGAGAACGAGGAGAUGAUGGAGAUGAUGGAUGUGGCAAGGCCACAUGAGGGAAAGGGCCUUCUGGGCGAGGGGGCAGCGUAUGCCUGCCUGAAGUCACAAGGGCACAGCUACUUCGCAACCUGCUGUUGCAAGAAGGGUGGUGGGGACUCCAGUAGGUGGAGCGAAGAGAGGAAGGUGAGGCCAGAGAAAGCGAGGCUGGUGGCAGGUCGGAAGAGGCCUUGAGUUCCAGGCCCAAGUGUGAAUUUUACCCUGAGAGCAGUGGGAAGCCACCAGGAUAUCUUGGGGUUGUGUGUGACUGAUCAGAUUGUGUCCUCCAGGGGUGACCGGGCGUCGAUGGCCAUGGUGGGUUGGCGACGGGUGGCACGGAGUUGGAAGCUGCCCACCUAUUGAAACGUAGGCCCAGCACAGAGGAAGAGUGGUGGGCGACAGAAAGGAGAGCGGGCCCCUGGGACAAGUGGCUUCAGGGCUGGGGAGGGUCAGGGAGAAAGGAGGUGUAGGGAACACUCCCAAGAUUGGGUGACAGCAUUUGCCAUUGCCAUGACACAGGCAGAGGGUGCCGGAAGGAGGCUGGCUUGGGGGCAGGCAAUGACACUGAGUUUGCAGAUGCUGAACUUCCCAGUAAGUAAGGCUUCCCGGUGGCAGGUGGGUAUAUGUGGAUCUAGAGCCAGGGAGAACGUCCUGGGCUCGACCGCGUUUUGGGGACUCCUUCCGAUGGUGCUGAAGCCACGUGGACUGGGGUGGGCCUCACCAGGAGAGUGUGUGGAGUAAGCAAGAGAAGAAGGAAGUCUGGAGACAGCUGGUGUUUUCUCGUACAGCAGCGGGGAGGUGACAGUGGAAGUCUAAUCAAUAACCGCUUGCCUUUUGGGGCCUGGGGGCAGGAUAGUGGGCUUUUUAUUUGUCACAGAGCCCCAGUUUGUUAGUUAGAACGAACGAAUGAUCUCAGCAAAAUGUGAGAGUCUAGAGGUGCAAAGUCAGAUGAUUGAUUCCAAGGGCCUUCCUGGUGUUUAGUUGCCUUUUGGGAAACUUCCAGAUUGUCACUCAUCUCAAAAGACUCGUUUCUCUCUAGACCAAGGGUUGGUCCUCUUGGAGCAUUCUUUACAGUUAGAUCUCUGAAAAACACUUUUUCUAACCAUGAAGAAUGCUGAAGAAAGUGUUUUUCAGAUCCAGAGACGCAUUCAAAGUUACAGAAGUCUCAGGGUCCCCCUGCUGUCCUUCUGGGACCCCGGUUUCUGUGUGUUACAUCAGCAUUGGCAGCAAGCGGGACUUGGGAAAGACUCUGUUGAGGAUGCAGAGGGCAUGUGUAUGGUGCUGCCUCCCACACCUGGGGGCUGAGGGGGAGAGGGUGGGGAAAGGCCAGUGUUGCAAAAGGAGCCCCUACCUGCCCUCAGGAGUCAUGUGGCCCCACCGGGCUGGAGGCGUAGGCCCCCCCAGGGCUGGGCUGGCCUUUGGAUAAAUGCACAGGGGGCUGUUAGCCGUUAUCUUUGCCUCUGACGGAACAUGCUCUUCACUUAGCGCACCGGAGACAAGAUCUUGUUGUGUCCUGUGCGGCUCUGUCCCCCGCUGCCUGGCUGUGGGACCUUAUCAGUCUCCCCUGGGUAUUGCACAAGGAUCCGCUGGCAGAGGUCACGUGCGAGCACUCAUGGGCUCUCCCUCCAUCCCACCCAAGCGUGCCCUCUCCUUUUACAGAUGAUUGGGAACACACUAUGCACGGCUUGGCUUGUUUCCCAUCAUCUGAAACUGUGUCUGCCUAAUGGUUACACGCUUUUAAUUGGGUACCCCUCGCAGUGAGGGUUGUCGUUUACCUGUGGGUGUUCUGUCACCAAUCAGUGCCUUACUGUUAGUGUUCUAGAUGGAGCUCCUUGGCUGCUCCCGCCAAAAGCUCACCUCACCUCUCUGCCCCUUUAGCCUUUGCUGGUAUCAUUUUGCCAGCAUUCCCUAGUCAUUUUCAGUGAUUGCUUUUCCAACAAGGAUCCUUCUAGCCCUCGUAUCUUGGUAGAGCUGCCGGCCUUAGAAGGACCCAGGUUUAUGACUUAAUUUCUCCCGCCUUUCCGGGCUGGCCCACCCCUCGCUGUCCAGCACAGGGGAGCAGGUGCCUCCCAGUGAACCCCAGGCCUCGUUCUUGGGCCCUUUGGCUUCUUGGAGCCUGUAUGGCUGGUCUGUAGAGCUGUCUUGUCAUCCACGCUGUGAGUGACGAUCCCUGCCCUGCCCUCUUCAACAGCUGAGGGGUUCACUGGCCCCGCAGCGGCUGUGUUCCAAGGCCCUGUCCUGUGCCUGUGCUGUUGCUGCUGCUUCCUGGGCCAGGGCUGCCUCAUCCUUCAGGACCCAGCUGAGGUCCCAGACUCUCUGUGCUUUCCUCUCCUCACGCCUGUGCCUGGGUUGGUGUGGUCCCACAGGCAGAAGCUCGCUGAGAAUUUGCAUCUUUGUAUUCUAGCAUCGGGUAGUCUGGCGCCCAGGAAGUGUUUUGAAUACCUAUUUAAAUCAUUGUAGCUGCAGGACUCCCUCUUGCCCCAGCUUUGUUGUCAGGUCUAAAAAUACUUGCUGAGUACCUGCUCUGUGGCCAGCCGUCUAAGGCACACCUGUCCCAGGCACCGUGUUUGGAAUUCAGACCAGUCAGAGUUCUGAUGCUGCUGACGGGGGCGGGGCUCUCUUCUGCGUCUCACUCUGUGCUGCUAGCUUAUUUACCAUGUGCCCUGGGGGUGUUUUCCCAGACCUGUUGGGAGAACCCUGUUUUGCUCAGAAGGUAAAGAUCCUGAAUUAACAGAGCCCCAUUCGAACCUCAGCCCCUGCCUGUGGGCAGACCAGACCAGGCUGGGGGAAAGGUGUUUUGCCCCCCAGGGACACAGGGAACUGUUUUGAGUGGCCAACAGGGACCUGUUCCUUGUCCCAUGCCGCAGGCUCAGAUGCCAUUGGUAAGACCUGCAUUUGAACUUCUGCCUGGAGACAGGCAGACAGGCCAGCCAGCUGUGCUAAGAUCAACGCCUCGUGAAUGGUCACACCCCUUGUACCUGGCACGUGCCCUCUGUUGUGUGCCAGCAGCAAAGCGCCCACUAUCAAGUUCCCCAGUCACUGGCCGCCCGGCGGUCAUUGUGCAAUAUGCCAGUUGCCAUGAAUAUUUGAAAAAUCCCUGUGUUGUGUCUCCGGGCUGCGACAGAGCACAGCCCGCUCUCCUGUUGUGCGAACAUGCCUGCUGGGAAGGUCACACGCGUACAAGUUGGCAAAUGCUCCCUCUUGUUAUUUAGAAUUAAAUUUUCUUCUUGGGCUAAAGCAGUUUGGGAUUUUUCUGAGUCUCCAUGAUGCUUUCUUUUGUUUCCUCCUUCCUGAGGACACUGGGUGUGGUGUGAGGUACCCAGGUUCAAAAAUCACCGUGUAUUAGAAGAGCUGGACUCAUAAGCAGCAGCAAGCUCAAACGGCGGAGCCUGGCUGUGAAUAAGUGUAUCUGUCAAUCUAAGGAAAGGGCUUUGCGCGAUUUGCACUAAAAUAUGAAUGUUACAGAUGCAGGAGAAACUGGAAUGAUCUGGCCAUCUACUGAAACUUGCUGAAGCAAACCGUUAUGACGUCUCUGGACCCUGUACUGUCCCAGGCAGAAAGGCUAGUCUGAGGGUACAGGAUGGCAAAGAGGUCAGCAGCAAAGCCUAGGAGACGGGGCUGGGGGAUUUAGCCGCUCCGUGCCUCUCCCGGCAGCCUGGGAUCCCCGUGCUGGGCGCCCCGCACCAUGGAUCCCCCGGGCUACAACUGCUUUGUGGACAGAGACAGGAUGGACGCGGCCGUGCAGGACCUGGGCCCCAAGGAGCUGAGCUGCACCGAGCCGCAGGAGCUGAAGCAGCUGGCUCGCCAGGGCUACUGGGCCCGCAGCUACGCCCUGCGGGGGAAGGUGUACCAGCGCCUGAUCCGGGACAUCCCCUGCCGCACGGUCACGCCGGACGCCAGCGUGUACAGCGACAUCGUGGGCAAGAUCGUGGGCAAGCACAGCAGCAGCAGCCUGCCCUUGCCCGAGUUUGUGGACAACACGCAGGUGCCCAGCUACUGCCUGAACGCGCGGGGCGAGGAUGCCGUGCGCAAGAUCCUGCUGUGCAUCGCCAACCAGUUCCCCGACGUGUCCUUCUGCCCCGCCCUGCCCGCGGUCGUGGCCCUGCUGCUGCACUACAGCACGGACGAGGCCCAGUGCUUUGAGAACGCCUGCCGCAUCCUGGCCUGCAAUGACCCCAGCCGGAAGCUGGUGGAUCAGAGCUUCCUGGCCUUCGAGUCCUCCUGCAUGACGUUUGGGGACCUGGUGAACAAGUACUGCCAGGCGGCCCACAAGCUGAUGGUGGCCGUGUCGGAGGACGUCCUGCAGGUCUACGCGGACUGGCAGCGCUGGCUGUUCGGGGAGCUGCCCCUCGGCCACUUCGCCCGCGUCUUCGACGUGUUCCUGGUGGAAGGCUACAAGGUGCUGUACCGCGUGGCGCUGGCGAUCCUCAAGUUCUUCCACAAGGUGAGGGCUGGGCAGCCGCUCGAGUCAGACAGCGUGAAGCAGGACAUUCGCACCUUCGUCAGGGAUAUCGCCAAGACCGUGUCUCCUGAGAAGCUGCUGGAGAAAGCAUUUGCCAUCCGCCUCUUCUCCCGGAAGGAGAUUCAGCUCCUGCAGAUGGCCAACGAGAAAGCUCUGAAGCAGAAAGGCAUCACCGUCAAGCAGAAGAGUGUUUCACUUUCUAAAAGGCAGUUUGUGCACUUGGCGGUGCACGCGGAGAACUUCCACUCAGAGAUCGUCAGUGUGAAGGAGAUGAGAGACAUCUGGUCGUGGGUCCCUGAGCGCUUUGCCCUCUGCCAGCCCCUCCUGCUCUUCUCCUCGCUGCAGCACGGGUACAGCCUGACCAGGUUUUAUUUCCAGUGUGAAGGACAUGAGCCCACCCUCCUGCUCAUCAAGACCACGCAAAAGGAGGUGUGUGGGGCUUACCUGUCAACAGACUGGAGUGAGAGGAACAAGUUUGGAGGCAAAGUGGGCUUCUUUGGGACGGGAGAGUGCUUCGUGUUCAGGCUGCAGCCUGAGGUCCAGCGCUACGAGUGGGUGGUCAUCAAACACCCGGAGUUGACCAAGCCAGUGUCCUCGGAGGCCGCUGCCGCUCCAUCCCCUCUCGGCCGCCCCAUAUCCUCAGACCCUGCCGACCGCCUCUCGCCCUUCCUGUCCGCGCGGCACUUCAACCUGCCCUCCAAGACCGAGUCCAUGUUCAUGGCUGGGGGCAACGACUGCCUCAUCGUAGGUGGAGGGGGCGGCCAAGCGCUCUACAUCGAUGGGGACCUGAACCGGGGCCGCACCGGCCACUGCGAUACUUUCAACAACCAGCCCCUCUGCUCUGAGAACUUCCUCAUCGCUGCCGUGGAGGCCUGGGGCUUCCAAGACCCCGACACCCAGUGACAGGCCUGCGCACGUGGGGACGGAGCUGUCACCGUGGGGUGGGGGUGGGGCAGUGGCCCCCUCUUCAUGGGGCAGGCAGUAAAGGAAGAACCCCCCUCCGUGUGGUGGGCAGCAUGUGGGUGCAGCUGGGGCUCUGGUGCUGGGCCGGGAAGGGGUGCCCGGGCCUCAGCUGGCUGAGCCUUGCCCUACUCAGACCUACGCAGACCUGCUUGGACUCAGGCCCUGCUUCUCUGUGGAGCGUCCUGUGCCCAACGCCUGGAAGGGGCUGCAUCUUGCAGCCCCUGAGUCUUAGUCCCUUGGUGCGGAGGUGGGGACUCCGAAAGGCAGAAGGAACCUUCCGGCAAGUGUGGGUCCAUGGCGCCCCCUGCUGGGGCCUGUUAGCAUGGCUCUGAACGGAGCCCUGAGGCUGCUACCUGGUGGGCUGCUGAAGGCCCCCCAGGAGAGACAGACGCCCUGGCGGCUGCCCCCUGUCCAUAUCCCCUCCCACUGUCCAGGGCUUCUCACCCAGUGUCCUCUUCUGGUGCUGGCCUCCUGUGGCCGCCUCUUGGACAGGAGCUGCAAGGUGAAAGAGGGGAGGGCAGGAUCUGGGCCCCUCCUGAGGGAGGGAGAGCCGGAAUGAUGCGGGACUGGAGAGGACGUUAUGUGUCCUCGUGUUUCAGAGCCUGACGCUCCUGCGGGGCCUCUCUGUGGGUUCACAACUGGAGAGGCUGCCCAGGACGGCCCAGGGACGGGCCCUCUGCCACUGACCCCAAACCCGCCAGCUGCAUUUCCACAGGCUUGUCCAGAGAAACCCAGACCCCUGGGGGUUUCUUCAGCCUUCCUCCUCUCUGCGGGGGAGGGGGGGCCUCCUCUGCUCCCCUCGGUCCCUGCAGUGGCCCCAGGAUCCUGUCCAGACUCCUCAGCGUGGCAUGCUCGUCUUUGUCCAUCCCCACGGGCCCCAGGUUGCCGGGCCCCCCCUCCCCAGAUCCUUCCCACACGGCGCCUUCACCACAUGCCCCUCUGUGUGCCUCUCACAGCCCUGUGUUUGGCUACACAGUGUGGUGUCCUCGUGCUGCGGCCUGUCCCCCACUUCCCUGCCCCACCUGGCUCUGCACACACCCUGCAGACUGUAGGGACCACGUGCAGACUUGCCAGGGGGUGCUGUGGGGAGUGACCUCCCACCCCAUGCCCUCCCUCAGCUGGUCCUGAGGGCCUGGGCACCCGGGGAGGGGGCGGGAGGGGGGGAGCAGACAGACAGACACCCAAGCAGCCGUGCUGGGGGCUUUGGCAGCCUGGGCCACAGGUGCUGGGGUCCUGGCCCCCACGUGGCUGCAGCCAGCCUCUCGGUGUCCCCACGCGUGAUGCCUCUGCUGUCUCCAUCUUGCUUGGGCCUCCUGUGGGGCACUGGCCCUCCUAGUUCAGUCUCCUCUGAGCCGGGCCGCCGUGGCGCAGGAGGAAGGACCAGGAGCCCUGUGUGGCUUCGGGCAAGCCCGUGGACCUGCCUGGAACCCAUUUUCCCCAACCGUAAAAAGGGGCCAGUCAUCCUGCACCGCUGUCCCCGUGGGACUGUUCAGAGGUUCUGAGGGGGACCGCGUGAGUCUCCAGUGAGUGGAGAGGUGCCGGGAGGCAGUAUCACAGUUCAUCCCCCCUCCGCAACACACCACGGCAGCCCUUGCCCCCCCAGCCCCAGCCCUCCUGUGGCGCAACUUUGGUGUUCAUUAAACACGGUCUUGUUACAUGAA